CUCCAGAGUGCGCGCGCCCUCCUACCGGAUCUCCUCGGUGAUCUCUGAACCGACCCGUGACGUCACUCGCCUCCCCUAGUAACCCUGCUCGGCGUCUCCGGAGGAAAGCCAUCAACAUGGGUUUAUUAUCAAUCCUCCGAAAGCUGAAGAGUGCUCCAGACCAAGAGGUGCGCAUCCUGCUCCUGGGACUCGACAACGGAGGAAAGACAACACUACUUAAGCAGCUGGCUUCUGAGGACAUCAGUCACAUCACUCCUACACAGGGCUUUAACAUUAAGAGUGUGCAAUCCCAGGGUUUCAAGCUAAAUGUAUGGGACAUCGGAGGCCAGAGAAAGAUCAGACCAUACUGGAGAAACUACUUUGAAAACACUGAUGUGCUUAUUUACGUCAUAGACAGUGCAGAUCGGAAGAGAUUUGAAGAAACAGGGCAGGAGCUGGCUGAGUUGCUGGAUGAGGAGAAACUUAGUGGUGUCCCUGUCCUUAUCUUUGCAAAUAAGCAAGACUUGUUGACUGCUGCUCCAGCCUCAGAGAUUGCAGAAGGUCUAAACCUUCACACCAUUCGGGAUCGCAUGUGGCAGAUCCAAUCCUGCUCUGCUCUCACGGGCGAGGGAGUCCAGGAUGGUAUGAAUUGGGUGUGUAAGAAUGUCACAGCAAAGAAGAAGUAGGAGUGGUCAUACAUUUUGAAGCCUUCCAGGCACUGCGUG